CCCAAAGCCCCGCGGCGCUGGCUUCCGCCGCUCCUGCCUCCAGGGCCGCCGCGGCCCAGGCACCCGUUCGUGCCCCGCGCGGCCGCCGCGAGGAGCCGGGCCUCCGGGCCCGAGCCGGCGGCCACCAUGGCGGGCAGCGGCAGCGACAAGAUGAGCCAUCUGCAGGAGGAUUCGAUGAGCCACUUCAUCAAGACGCAGCUCAUGGCCGUCCUGCAGCCCUUUCUUGACCAUGUUGAGUCGAAUGACAAGCGGAUUUCCAAGCUCGAGGAUCAGUUCGACACUGCCGACGACAGGAUUACCAGCGUAAGUCAGGAGCUCGACGUCACGAACUCGACGGUGAAGUCUGCCAUCGAGAAUCUACGCAAUACGGAUAGGCGCAUCGAGGUCACUGGCGAGGGCCUUCACAAGUGCGCCGAGCACAUGGACCAGCUGCAGCGGGGCCUCGAGUUCUCCAACGAGUACUCGGAGCGCAUCCACAACCAGGCGCGAGGCGUGGCUGCGGAGGUGCCGGAGCUGCGCCGGAGCUGCGACGAGGUGGAGAAGCAGCUGCAGGCGUUGCAGGUGCAGUUCCAGAGGCUCAGUGACAGCGUCAUGGCAAACCACAAGGCCCGCCUGGACUCGCUGACGGAUGACAUCGUGGCCCUGCACGCUGACCACGAGAGGUCCAAAGCUGCCAACGAGACGCUGCGCGGCGAGGUUCAGGAGGAGUCCAGACUAUUGCACGACGCUCGGCAGGAGCUUCAGAAGGGCAGCCAUUCAAUCGGGGCGGUCCAGCAGACCAUCAAGGACAUACUCGCGCGCGAGAAGGAGCUCGGUGGCAGGCUGGAGGGCUGGAAGGCACAGUGGAACAAGCUGCAGCCCGCGGUCGACGGCCUGAAGAAGGACGUGCUGUUCCUCAAGCACGCCUCCGAGGCCCACGACGCCUCCAUCCACGGGCUCCAGCGGGGCAACCAGACCCUCCUGGAGAGCUUCGACAGCCUGCACGGUGCCCACUCGAAGAUGUCCGUGGAGCUGGACAGCGCACACCGUGCCCUGAAGCAGACCAACCAGGCCGUGGCCGAGGCCCAGGACAACAUCGGCCACAACACCAGCUUCGCCAAUGGCCUCCACUCCAGGCUCGACCAGUCGGCCGCCGAGCUCAGCAACACGCUGCUGCAGCUGCGGGGGCUCGAGGGGAAGCACCAGGCGCUAUGUGACGUCGUGGACAGGGCGGCCGAGAAACAGGACCAGAUGCUGCAGGACAGCCGCAAGGCAGCCAACGAGGCGGCGCACAUGCAACGCGACUUGGAGAAGACGAACGACAAUGUGGCCACAGCUGCGAAACAGCUGGAGGUGCUGAGCAGAGGCCUGCAGAGCAACAAGGGGGAGCUCGGACACAUUUCGGACCGCGUGGCGCAGAUAGAGGGCUCCACGCAGGCCAUGCACGGCGCCUUCACCGGCCUUCAGAAGGGCUUUGUGGACAGCGGGCUGGAGAUGGGCCCAUCCGUGGCGUCCAAGAAGUCGGAGCGGCUCCCGCGGCUUGCCGACGGAGCGGCUCGGAGUGGCUCGCCGAACUUCCCCGGCACGCCCCGCGGCGUCCAGCGCGUUGUGUCGACCGAGAAGGGCGCCGCGGCGUACACCGCAGGGGGCGACGACGCCACCACGCCUGGGGUCUCGCGGCUCGGCAUGAGCGGCAUGCGGAGCCCAUCCGAGUUCACCCCGAUGACGACCCAUCAGUCGGCGCUGUCUUUGGCGCGCUGAGCUGCCGGCAGGCAGGGCGAGGAGCCUCCUGCUCCACAGUGCUGCCGCCGCACCAGCGCGCACCGCCCUUCGCCGCUGGAGCGCGCCACGCCCCGCCAGUUGCCCGUCGAGGGCGGCCGCGCCCCCCGCCGUUAAUGAUCGGGGGGACACGGUUGGACGCAGCUCGGAAAAUUGGUGCUUGUGGACACCUGGAGGGGUCUAGAGAUCGAUCUUGCGAUGCCGUUGUUUCAAUUCGCCCAGCUCCGUGUGUGUGCCCUCCUGGCUUGGCGUGGGAGGCACAUACACCAAUCCUAGGCAUGCUCAUCCUGCAGGGCCUGCGCGGCGCGGUGGCCGGCCGACGCGCCCCGACCCGAGAGGUCAGGCUCCGGCGGAGCCUGGCAUGCAGCGGCGGGGCUGGCCCGGCCAAGAGGCGCAGCUGGGCACAGCCGCGGUUUCACGCUCCUGCUGUCGCGGAAGGUCAGGCAGCCUAGAGGCAGCCAUAGUUUCUCUCUCUCUCUCUCUCCCUCUUCUCUCUCUCUCUCUCUUCUCUCUCUCUCUCUCUCUCCCUCU